UCACCCACUGCCCCAUCCAUGACUGGCUCCCACUCACUCAGCAGCAGCAGCAGAAGACAGUGGAUUAACCCCUAAACCCGCAGCCAGACGCAGCUUCCAGAGGCCCCCGCAGCACCAGGGGUGACCCCAGACUCCCCCUGGGGGACACCUCUGCACCACUACUGGGGAUAUACUUGCUGCAGGUGAUUUCAUGGGCGCAACAUAGUGCAGGGAAGCAGGGCGACAGGAACCCUUCCCACCUGCUGAAAGACAAGGUGACGUGAGCAUUGGAGCAGGAGUGAUGGGGAGGCCGGGGAUGUGACAGGCCACCCCAGUGCUGGAAGCCCGGCAAGGACUGGUUCUGAGAGCUUUUUCAAAGGUGGGGGCAAGGUGAAGGGUGCAACAUGAGCCUGGGGAAGCUGCCACUGCUCAGCUGGGUGUCAGGCUCUCAUGGCAAGCGGCGGCUGAAGGCAGAGCUGACGCCAGACAUGAUCAGCCCGCCACUGGGGGACUUUCGGCACACCAUGCACGUGGGGCACGGCGGGGACGUCUUCGGGGACACCUCUUUCCUCAGCAACCAUGGUGGGGCCAACACGGCCAAAACCAACAACUUCUUCACCCGGACGCUGCAGCACGUCCGCCGGACACCGCUGAGGAGCCGGGGCAGCGGGAGUCAAGUGGGAACAUCACCCGCCCCACCAGCUGUCUCACCCAUCAUCAAGAAUGCCAUCUCACUGCCGCAGCUAAAUGAGGGGACAUAUGACAGCAGCAGCAGCCAGGGCUUGACCAGCAAGUUCUCCUUCAAAAGUGCCUCCAACAGCUUCUCCAAAACGCACCAGGCCUAUGGGCUGGAGUCUGGGUUUUGCACCAUCCCUCGAGGCCCUCGCUUGGAAAAGGCCCAAGAGAGCAUCUUUCCUGGGGAAGCAGAGCUGAAGCGCUCGGACUCCCUGCUCUCCUUCCGCCUGGACCUGGGGCCCUCCCUGAUGAGUGAGCUCCUCCAGGUGAUGAGCUUCUCUGAAGCCAACGGGAGUGAGGCAGAGGAAGAUAGCCCAGACCUCCCAUGUGGUGAGGGGACCAAGGAUGGGGUCCCUCCAGCACUGGGUGCAUUCUAUGGAGAGGACAAAGCAACAUCCAGCUUCUGGGACCACUCCAGGCAGAGCAGCUUGUUGGGGGCCAGCUCACUGCCAAGACUGUCGGUCCAUGCCAAUGGAGAGGCACAUGCCAUCGAGGGCCUUGGAGAGGAUCCUGCCUGGGCUUUGGGGCCAGGGGCUGUGCCCAGAGGAACACCAUGGCAGAGGCACUGGAACAACGGCACCAUCGAGGCAGGAGAGUUUGACCAGGCAGCCCAGGUCCUGGCUCGCCAUUACGGUGGGACCAGCACCCCACGGAGCUCAGAGAAGGGUGAGGGUCCCCAGCAGGCCCGGACUCAGACGCUGUGGGAGAGCCCCAACAGCAGCUCACUGUGGUCACAAGUGACAGAGGAGAGCCAGUCCCCCAAGGCCACCUGGAACCAAGGAGAGGAGGAAGAGAAGGUGGAGGAAGAGGAGGAGGAGGCCAAGCUUUCCAGCCUGCAGGAGUGUUAUGCUGGUGCCCAGGGAAGGCUCAGUAAUUCCUUUGAGUAUGCUGAUGAGGAGGAGGAUGAUGAAGUCAAGGUGUAAACAGCCAUCCCUCUCAUCAUGACCCCUUACCAGAGGCACUGGUGCUGGGGUCUUCACCCUCCUCCCAAUCCCCCACCCUCUGGCACCAGUGUCACCAGCACACCUAGCAGGCAACAUCCUUGCCAAGAUGGGGACACUGGCGGGGCCAGAGGGGGGCAGGAGGAGAGCCUGUCUCCUGGGCAGCUCCCUGGGGCUGGGCCAGGCUGCUGCAGAGGGCUGUGAAUCACAGCACCAUGCAUCCCAGCCCUUCCCUGGCCUUACUGUCGUUAGACAUUCCCAUGUGCCAAAGAAACUCCAAACUGCUUCCUACCUAUCCUGUUCCCUCCAGUGCCCUCUCUGCCAUCCCUCAGCCUGGGCCCACAGGUAUGCCCAGGGACAUGCCCCAUCCUCCCACCAAAGUCCCCAACCACCCUCUGUGCUGGCACAGGUGCCCUCCUGGAAAUAUUCCCACCAACAGCUCUGGCAUGUAGAGGAUGGAGGUCUCCCCAGCUCCAGCUGGUGCAAGACCCUCCCAUAUAGCACAUCUGUCUACCGGGGGAGGUCAGCUGGGGGCUCAAGGGGUAGGCAAACCCCACAGAGGUGAGCUUUCUCUUUUCCGUUCCCCCCCCAAAAGCCAUGAUCUCAGCACUCAGGAGGUGAGAGCACACACGAGAUAAUUGCCUUGCAGAGAUAAUGUCUUUCCACUCACCUCCUGCUGCUGAGCAUCACUUAGGACGGCUCUGUUUCUCACCCCUGCUCCCUCGCAGCAGGGAGGGGAGAAACUUCUCAGCUGGCUGGAGGCAGAGGCAAGGUUGUCAGGUCACCAAAUUUUGCAGUUCAUGCCCUAAAAAUUCCUUUCUUUCCCCCCCACCUCAGAACAAGGGGACUCCCACUUUGCAGCUACUCGGUCUGUGCCACCUCUUCAUCCUCGCCUCCUCUACCCAUUCUCCAUAUGUGCACCCCUCUUUCCAGUGCAUGCCUUCCCAGGGGUACAUGUGGAGAACAGCUAAUGCCCCUUGCUGAGCUGCCCUGGGCGACACAGCCACCCUGGAACAAGCUGCCCCCCACGCUGCCCCGCGUGCAAACUGGCCCUCACAGAAGUGCCUUUGUGCCACAGCAUGGAGCCGAGAUGCUUGGGGGCUGAGGUCACCAGAGGGACCCUCACAGGACACCCCUUGUUCUCUGCAACAGGAAUGCGUGUGCAGCGGGGGAAGAUGCCGGGCCAUGGCUCUAAGGCUCCGCUCCCAUGCAGCUUACCCACCGCCCAGCUGCUUCUGGCAGGGAGCUCUUCAGAGCAGAAUAAAGAGGCUCUGGCAUGCAUGCAUGUGGUACAUUAGAGUGCUGCUUGCAGUCAGGUCAUCGAGGUUAUGGGCAAGCCCAUCUCCCCCAGCCUCCCCAGGCAGCUGACUCGUGCUGCCUGACAGAAGCAAGCUACCCCAGCAGCAGCUUCAAGGAGUCCCCCAGCUCUGGCCAUUGGCACCCAGCAGGAUCAGCCCUAUCACCCCUGCACCCUCUGGGGCAGGGACCCCGGCUCUCAGGAUGAGCUCCCCCUACCCUCUGCUUCCCAGACCAUAACACAAGCUCCAGACCAAAGAUCCAUAUCCGUGGAAUAUCCCUUCUGCCUCCACUCUGUAUCCCAUGCACUUAUUGUUGUCCUUAUUAAAAGUUUUGUUUCUAACUU